UUGUAAACAAACAAACAUAACCCAACAUUUUUAUUUUUCGCGCCAAAGUGUGCCUUAUGUUUCUUUCCAUCCUGAUUUCGGGAGUGUUUUUUGUUGUUUUAAAUAUACUUUACUUAUAAGUUUUAAUCGGGAACAAUGUCGUCAGAUGAAAAUGUCAGUGAAGGGGAGGGAAAUUUGGAUAAUAUAGAUGAGAAUAAUGACAUUUUGGAGAUUGGUGAGGACCUUGGAACUGAGGAACCAGGAGAACAAACUGAGGAGGUUCAAAGGGAUGAAACUGCAGACGGAGGGGCAGAGGAGGGAGAUAAAAACAUUGUUAAGCCUAAGAGAGUUAUUAGAAAUCCAAGGCCUAAAUUAAAUGAAGACACACUCAAAGGCCCUCGGGGUUUAACAGCUCUCCCAAAGUACUUUGAAAGGGUCAAAUUUAAAGGAAAGGGACAUGAAAAAGAAGAUUUGAAUAACAUAAUGAAAACUUAUGAGUACUGGUGUCACAGGCUCUUCCCAAAAUACCCUUUUGAUACCUGCAUAGAAAAGAUAGAGAACUUAGGCAAGAAAAAGGCUGUACAGACUCAUAUUAAAAGGAUCCGUUUUGAUCUGUUUGUGGAAGAUAAACCGAUCGUUGAUUCCUCAGAUGAAGAAGCCAAUGUGGAUGGUUUUGUUGAUAUCACCAAUGAGCAAAUUAAUCAGCAAAAUCAAGUAUUUGAUCAGAUGUUGCCUGCCCAAAUAGUGCCAUUAGAACUGACAGAAGAACAAAAAGAGAGGAUAAGAUUAAACAAAGAAAAAGCUGAAAAACUAAGGGCAGAAAGGCUUAGAAAGGCAACAGAAAAAGCUGAGGAACGCUUAGAAGUUUCUAGUCAAUUACCUGGAACUAGUGGGAUGAAUUUGAGUGAUGAUGAUGAAGAGGGUGAUAUAGAGAGUGUUACAGAUGGUAUAAGCCAAAGAGGAACUCCUGAUUUUGAUUUGGAAAGUAACAUAAAAGGUAAAGCGAGAAUUGGAGGAAGUACUGUCAAGAAGAAAGGCGCUGCAAGGCAAGAAAAUAAGGAGAAUAUUGAAAAUGAAUCUUUAAUGGAUGCAGAAGAGGUUCCAAAUGAAGACUUAAAUGGUAUUACUCCCUUGCAGAAAAAAGACAGGAGAAUAAACAGAUUUGCUGAUAGCGAUGAAGAAGAUAGUAUUCAUGCUCCUAGUAUUGAGAAUGGAGCUUCAUUGGAUGUAGAAGAAUCAACUUAUAGAACCUCUUUUUCAAAAAAAAAUAGGAAAAACGUAAUUGCUGACAGUGAUGAAGAAGAUAUGGUUCAAGGUUCAAAUAUUUCAAGUGAUAGUACACAGAAUGAAAAUAGUCAGAAGAAUCUGAAAAGAAUUAGCAGGGUUGUUGAUAAUGAAGAAGAAAAUAGUAUUCAAGGAUUAAAUGCGGAAAGUUCACAGGAUGGGGAAGAUACAACAACUUUUCAGAAAAAAUCAGGCAAAAUUAUGGAUAGCGAUGUAGAAAAUGAAGUUUCAAACAUUAAGGAGUCAUCAAAUGAUAGCAAUCCUGUUAAAAUGGUGAAAAAGAAGAGUCACAUGAUGGUUGAUAGUGAUGAUGAUGAUGAUGAAACUUUAAAGCAAGGGGGUGAUCAAAGUUCUGCUUUAAGAAAAAAUUCCAAAUUUAUACUGAGUGAUGAAGAGAGUAAUAGCAAUGAGGAUCUAGAGCAAAAUGGAAUGGAUAUGCAAAGUGAUGCACCAAAAUCUAAUAAUUAAAUGCAGCAAACUGAUUGAGUGUGAUGAAAGUGACCAAGAAAUCCCAUAAGACUUACAAGUAAAAAAGUUAUGUUUUUUAUUGGGUGUUUUUAGUUAAGUAAAAAUGUUGGAAUUAAAUGUUUUUGUAAUAAAUUUUACUGCUUUUAUACAUAUAAUUAUUUAAGGAGUAUCUAUGAAGAAUGUAGUCAAGUUUUUGAUUUA